AUGCUCACUACUUUGCUUACUCUCAGCCUCACCCUCUCAGCCUUUGCUAGUCCUUACAAGAGAGACACUAGCCUUAGCGUCUCCAUGUCUGGACCAGCAUCUGAUAUCACCAGUAUCGAUGAUCUCAAGUUUACAGCGACUGUGGCCAACACUGGCUCAGAGUCGUUGAAGGUCUUCAAGUACGGGAUGAUUUUGGAUGAUAUCCUUCCGACACACUCAUUCAAUGUCACCAAGGAUGGAGAAAUAGUCUUGUUCACUGGUGUCAAGCCUAUAUUCUUAUGGAAGGAUCUCAAUGAUUCCGCCUUUGUGGUAAUACCUCCCAGACAAUCAUUGACUGCUGAACAUGAUUUGUCGACACUCUUUGACUUCGCUUCUGCUGGUCCGGGAAUGUUCACUUUCAUGCCCGUUACCUCGUUCCAUAUGGCGAAUCCUGGUGAGGUUUCGGUAACCUCCCGCUCCAUCAAUGUGAACAUCUCUGGAGACAUGAAGAAACACGAUCUCCCCAGCCUGAAUAGGUGUGCAGUCGACAUCUGUACCGACAAUACCAAAAAGAAUGUGAUCAAUCAAAGCUAUACUAAUGCGAAAUCCAUGGCUUCCAUUGCAUCGUCUUUUAUUUCGACCAACAGUACUAGUUCGGUCUACACUGCAUACUUCAGCACUUCGCCAACAUCCGUGGUUAAGGGGGUAUUCGAUAAUGUAGCAAACGAAUCAUCCAGAACAAGGACAAUGGAUUGCAGCGAUCCACUCAACUUUUGUGUGACUGGUGCCAUUGCCUUUACUGUCUUUCCAUCAACAAAUAUUUACUUUUGUGAUUCCUUUUUCUGCUACUCUCCCCUAACUGGUCUUUGUGAUGGAACUGCGGAUCAAAAUAUUACUCGUGCCAGAAUUACCCUUCAUGAGUUCACUCAUGCAACCUCUGGCACUAUUGAUGUCAUAUAUGGCUGUAAUAAUGAUCAACUUCUUCCUGCUGUUGAACAACCUACCAAUGCCGACAAUUAUAACUGCUUCGCAAGCCAGGUCUACCAAGACACUCAGUGUAAUUAA